UCUCAACUAAAGGCUUUCUGGAACGUUGCAAGUGACCGCUGUCAGGAGAAGAAGAAAGUCGACAUACCUCUUAGCCAGUUUGAUAUCGUCCACAACAGAGACCAGAAAUUUUUCGGCGAAAAAAUUGUUCUUUUCUAUGAAACGCAAUUUGGAUUAUUCCCGUAUUACAAUAACUCAGACCCAAAUCAACCAGUCAAUGGAGGGUUACCUCAGAAUGCUUCACUGCCUCGUCAUUUGCAUGAGGUCAUCAAGCAAAUUUUGAUAAAAAUUCCUGAUCCGUGGUUUCCUGGACUCGCUGUGAUCGAUUUCGAAGCAUGGCGCCCGCUCUACGAGAUGAACUGGGGAAAGAAGAAAGUGAGUCUGCGUCUACCAUUCUUUACUCCUUUCUUGUCAGCCAUAACGGAACUUCAAAGUCACUUCGCUGCGUUAAAAAAACGCUACGGUAACUCGCAAACACAUUUCUGA